CAACAUCAUUUUUAGCCAUACUCACUCACCCACAUUUCUUUAUCUCCACUAUCAAUAAAACUUGAAGAAAAUGGCAUCUUCAGCUAUUACAUUCAACGAAGAGAAAGAUGAAAGCUUUGCUUAUGCGUUUCAAUUGGUGAUGGGUUCGGUGUUACCCAUGACCUUGAAAGCAGCAAUUGAUCUUAACAUCUUUGAAAUAAUUGCAAAAGCUGGCCCUGGUGCAAAGCUCUCUGCUUCAGAGAUUGCUGCUCAGAUACCCACUCAGAACAAAGACUCGCCAAUAAUGGUGGAUCGGAUGCUUAGGCUUCUCGCUAGCCAUAGUGCUCUCACAUGCUACGCGGUUGAUCUAGAGAGACUCUACGGUUUGACUCCUGUUUCUAAGUAUUUUGUACGUAACCAAAAUGGUGUUUCACUGGGGCCCUUCAUGGCUUUAAUCCAAGACAAAGUCUUCAUGGACAGCUGGGCACAACUGAAAGAUGCAGUUCUUGAAGGAGGAGUUCCAUUUGAUAGGGUUCAUGGAGUGCACGCAUUUGAGUAUCCAGGCUUAGACGCAAGGUUCAAUAAAGUUUUUAACGAUGCAAUGUUUAAUCAUACUACUAUCAUCAUUAAUGAAAUCCUUCAAGUUUACAAGGGAUUCGAGAGCAUCAAGCAGCUGGUGGAUGUGGGCGGUGGCCUUGGAAUCACCCUUAAAGCUAUUACUUCUAAAUACCCCCACAUUAAGGCUGUUAAUUUUGACUUACCUCAUGUUGUUCAACAUGCCCCUCAAUAUCCUGGCGUGGAACACGUUGGGGGAGAUAUGUUUGAAAGUGUUCCAAAAGGUGAUGCCAUUUUUAUGAAGUGGAUACUUCAUGAUUGGAGUGAUGAACAUUGCUUGAAGUUAUUGAAGAAUUGCUACAAAAGUAUUCCAGAAGACGGAAAGGUGAUUGUUGUGGAGGGAAUACUUUCUGCCAUGGCUGAGACAAAAGUUGCAUCAAAGGCACUUACCCAACUUGAUGUGCUUAUGAUGACUCAGAAUCCAGGAGGAAAGGAGCGAACAGAACAAGACUUCAUAGCCUUGGCAACUGCAGCUGGAUUUAGUGGCAUUAGAUACCAAUGCUUUGUUUGUAAUUUCUGGGUUAUGGAGUUUCAUAAAUAGACACAGCAAACUGUGUCUGUAGUUUGAAAUAUUAUAUCAGUGUUGUGGACUCUGCCUAAUUUCCAGUAAUUCUACCAUUUCAAUAAAUAUAAUAUUAAUGGGCGAUUGUUAUAUACAA